AUGGGCGGAAACGACGUGCAGACGUAUCAGAAAGACUCAGAGGUCGCGGACGCCCUGGCGAGCUUGACGAUCAAGGCGGCGGAGAAAGCGAUAAGCGAACGUGGCUCCUUCACCGUUGCCCUCGCGGGCGGAUCCUUGGUGAAGCUCCUUGGAGGUCUGAAGGGGAAGACGGACGUGGACUGGAAGAACUGGCACGUGUUUUGGGUGGACGAGCGCUGCGUCCCGCACGACGACGCCGAGAGUAACUACGGGGGCGCGAUGAAAGCGCUUCUCGGCGAGGUACCAAUUCCUUCAUCGCAACUUUACGCGAUCGAUGAAACCUUGUGUCAAUCGAACGAAGGCGCCGCGAAGCCGUGCGCGGAGGAAUACGACGCUCGACUGAAAGCGUUGCCGAGCGACGUCCUGCCGAGGAACUCGGACGGGCUACCCGUGUUCGAUCUUCUGUUGCUCGGGUUCGGACCGGACGGGCACAUUUGCUCGCUGUUCCCGGAACACCCUCUGUUGAAAAUCGCGUCGCCUUGGAUCCUGCCCAUCGCGGACUCGCCGAAACCGCCGCCUGAGCGCAUCACGUUUUCCUUGCCCGUCGUCAACGCGGCGAAGACAAAGUGCUUCACUGCAGUUGGCGAGGGGAAGGCGGAAAUGGCGGCGAAGAUCAUCAAGAGCGAUGGGGAUGAUUAUUUCAUCCCCGCUUCGCUCGUCAAGGGUGAUAUCGUAUGGUUGCUGGACGCCCCAGGGGCUUCGCGUCUGUGA